AUGCUCUUCACCCUGGCAGCUGGACGGGAUCUGGCUUUACGAGCGGGCGCGUGGAGGUUGCGAGCUCAGCGCAGUGUGCACUGCGGCUGUACUCCAGCCGCUGCACCCGAACCUUUUCCGAGGAAACGCAGCGCGCUCGCCAUCUCUACGACACGGUCUCUGUGUCAAAUGCAAACAAUUCGAGGGCAGAGCUCGGAAACGCUUCAGGUGCUGGCGCCGUGUCGGACGGAGAUUUUAGAGGCGACUGGAUUCGCCGCUGCUGAGCGCCUCUUGGCUGCCGUGCGGGACCCUGAGCAUGCUUCGCAGCCUAUGGUAUACACCGAAGAACCCGGCCGCAUUGAAGAGCUUUCGGAAGACCGGGCCCAACUCCUGCGUUCUAGUUCUUGUGCGCUAUGGAUUCUCAACCGACCUGCUGCGCUGAAUGCGUUGAACCUGCCCAUGGUGCAAGCGCUGCGACGUCGAUACCUGCAGUAUGCAAUCGCGAAGCGCAGCUCAAUGCCGGCAACUGACGGAAAAAUGCCACAUCCGGCCUGCACUGUCCUCUUUACAGCAAGUGUAGCGUGCGCGUCGCUCUUCCCGCGGUCUUGGCAGCUAGUUCCAGCAUCAGAUGCCAAAUGCUGGCUGGUACAGACCACAGAGCCAUCGCCUCGAUCAUCUAGCCGAGUACCUUUUUUCUGCUCUGGUGGCGAUAUUCGGGAAAUGUAUCGGCAUGGUUUGCCCGAUGGCGAUAGACGCAUCCAGCGCAUCUAUUUUCAAGAAGAGUAUCGCCUAAAUUACCUGCUCGCGGGUGGCCUAUGGGAGGAGAAGAAUAUGGCGAUCACUCAAGAACCGCUAGUGCAGAUAUCGCUCCUGGACGGUAUCGUCAUGGGAGGGGGCGUCGGGCUCUCGAUUCACGGACGUUUCCGAGUGGCGACGGAAAAUACCAUAUUUGCCAUGCCCGAAUGCGGCAUUGGCUUUCAUCCGGACGUUGGGGCCUCCUGGGUCUUGCCGCGGCUUCUUGACUGGAAGCGUGAAGGAUAUCCCGGUUCCCGGUUAUCGAUGGAGCGAAUACCAAGCACUGAAUCUGCAGCAGUCGGCACCUGGCUUGCAGUGACUGGCGCUCGUGUACGGGGCAUUGACGCAGUCCGCCUGGGUAUUGCUACACAUUACUGCCCAAGUCAUCGGAUCCACGAACUGGUAUCUCGAGUCGCUGAACUGGCACACCAUAUGCAUUCCCGUGAGGGCGCAUCGAUCUCCGCUGCCGCUCUAGAUGAACUAGAUACGGCCCUGCAGAGCUUCCAACCUGAUGUUGAUACUAGCUGGACAGCCUUCGGGCAUGAGCGCGUUGCUACCAUAACAGAGCUUUUUGAUCCCAAGCACGGCAAGCGCGAGUUGCGAGAUUUAUGGAGUGCACUGCAAGCAGCGAAGAACGACCCGCGGAAGGCGUCCUUUGCCCAGGAUUGCCUCGCGAGCAUGGAACGCUGCUCGCCGCUCUCCAUGCUGGUCGCCUAUGAGUCGGUUGGUGUGCGCGGCUCAACAGCUACGACACUUGCAGACUGCCUUCGUCGCGAGUUUGUAACAACACUUCGCUGCUUGGAUCACCCAGACUUUAUGGAAGGCGUGCGGGCACAGCUUGUCGACAAGGAUCGGAACCCGAGAUGGCACUCUGCUCCAUCCCUCAACGCCUGGUUCGCUGCUCAUGACGAUACGUAUACGAAUAACGUGGUUGAAAAGUUUUUCAUGCCUGGUGCUGACGAGCACCCACUUGAACUGGAUACCUGGUCGCUGGAGAGGAACCAGUACCAAGGCGACUCGCCCGCGCAGCGGACAACUAGUGCGGUGAGCGAACCAGCGCGCACUCUGAAGGGUAGUGCAGGAGGCAAACUUCCGCAUUCAUCGCUCUAG